AUGAACCAUCAUCCCUUCAUCACCCUCUUAUCUACUAUACUCAUCGUUUGCACCACCACCGUCUCACUCUCACAGGUUAUCAACACCAGUAGCAGCACCAAGAACCAGUCACAGUUUUUCUCUCUCAUGAAGAUGUCUCUCUCGGGGAAGUACCCUAUGGAUUGGGACGCUGGGAAAUCCGUGUGUGGCUUCACCGGAGUUACCUGCAAUACCAAAGGUGAGGUUAUCAGCCUCGACCUUUCAGGUUGGUCAUCACUUUCGGGAAAGUUCCCAUCGGAUACAUGCUCUUACCUCCCAGAGUUACGUGUUCUCCGCCUCGGCCACGCCAGGUUCAAGUUCAACGUGGACACCAUCCUUAACUGUUCCCACUUGGAAGAGCUUAACAUGAACCACAUGUUCCAGACCGGCACACUCCCUGAUUUCUCUUCCUUGAAAUCUCUCAGGAUUCUCGACUUGUCCUACAACGUCUUCACAGGCCAGUUCCCCAUGUCAGUGUUCAACCUCAUCAAUCUCGAGGUUCUAAACUUCAAUGAAAACGGAGGCUUCAACCUGUGGCAGUUACCUGCAGAUAUUGACAGGUUGAAAAAUCUCAAGUCCAUGGUGCUGACAACGUGCAUGGUGCAUGGUCAAAUCCCUGCAUCCAUAGGGAACAUAACCUCCCUCGUCGAUCUUGAGCUGAGUGGGAAUUUUCUCACGGGACAAAUUCCGAAAGAGCUUGGUCAGCUGAAGAACCUUCAACAACUUGAGCUUUACUAUAAUUACCAUCUCGUUGGGAACAUUCCAGAGGAGUUGGGGAACCUCACGGAGCUCGUGGAUUUGGAUAUGUCAGUGAACAAGUUCACUGGGAGUAUCCCUGCGUCGGUGUGUAGGCUUCCAAAGCUUCAAGUCUUGCAGCUCUACAACAACAGCCUCACAGGAGAAAUCCCAGGUGCGAUUGAAAACUCAACAGCUUUGAGAAUGUUGUCUCUCUACGACAACUUCCUUGUAGGACAGGUUCCCAAGAAACUGGGACAGUACUCUGGAAUGUUAGUUCUUGACUUGUCGGAGAACAAGUUUUCUGGUCCGUUGCCAACCGAGGUUUGCAAGGGAGGUACGCUAGAGUACUUUCUCGUUCUGGAUAACAUGUUUUCUGGAGAGAUACCACAGAGUUAUGCGAACUGCAUGAGGCUCUUGAGGUUUAGAGUAAGUAACAACCGUUUGGAGGGUUCCAUUCCCGCGGGACUUCUUGGUUUGCCACACGUUUCAAUCAUUGAUUUGAGUAACAAUAACUUGACUGGUCCGAUUCCCGAGAUUAACGGGAAUUCUAGAAACCUGUCCGAACUGUUCCUUCAGAGGAACAAGAUUUCAGGUGUCAUAACUCCCACAAUAUCACGAGCCAUAAGCCUGGUCAAGAUAGAUUUCAGUUACAACCUUUUGUCUGGUCCAAUCCCUUCCGAAAUAGGCAACCUCAGAAAGCUUAAUUUGCUUAUGUUGCAAGGGAACAAGCUGAAUUCUUCCAUCCCUGGUUCACUCUCUUCAUUGGAGUCUCUCAACCUUCUUGAUCUCUCCAACAAUCUUUUAACAGGGAGCAUUCCUGAAAGCCUCUCUGUGCUGCUACCAAACUCAAUUAAUUUCUCGCACAAUAUGCUUUCGGGUCCAAUUCCUCCCAAAUUGAUCAAAGGAGGUUUGGUGGAAAGUUUUGCAGGAAAUCCGGGUUUGUGUGUCUUACCGGUGUAUGCUAAUUCAUCGGAUCGAAACUUCCCUAUAUGUGCAAGUCCCUACAAGAGAAAGAGGAUCAACACCAUCUGGAUAGCUGGGGUGUCAGUGGUUUUGAUCUUUAUUGGGUCUGCCUUGUUUCUCAAACGUCGGUGCAGUAAAGACACUGCUGCAGUGGAACAUGAGGAGACACUGUCUUCUUCGUUCUUCUCUUAUGAUGUUAAGAGCUUCCACAAGAUCUCUUUCGAUCAAAAGGAGAUCGUUGAGUCGUUGGUGGACAAGAAUAUAAUGGGGCAUGGAGGGUCUGGGACAGUGUACAAGAUUGAAUUGAAAAGUGGUGAUAUUGUCGCAGUGAAGAGGCUGUGGAGUCGGAAGUCCAAGGAUUCGACUCCAGAGGAUCGGUUGUUUGUGGACAAGGCAUUGAAGGCAGAGGUGGAGACCUUAGGAAGCAUAAGACACAAGAACAUAGUGAAACUGUACUGCUGCUUCUCCAGUUUCGACUGUAGCUUGUUGGUUUAUGAGUACAUGCCAAAUGGUAAUCUUUGGGAUUCCCUGCACAAGGGUUGGACCCUUUUGGAUUGGCCUACUCGUUAUAAAAUUGCAUUGGGGAUUGCACAGGGUUUAGCAUACCUCCACCAUGAUUUGCUUCUCCCUAUUAUCCAUCGAGACAUCAAGUCAACAAAUAUCCUGUUGGAUGUUGAUUACCAGCCCAGGGUUGCAGACUUUGGGAUUGCCAAGGUUUUGCAAGCAAGAGGAGUGAAGGAUUCCACAACAACUGUCAUUGCAGGAACAUAUGGUUACUUAGCCCCAGAAUUUGCAUAUUCAUCAAGGGCCACCACCAAGUGCGACGUGUACAGUUUUGGGGUGAUUUUGAUGGAACUGUUAACUGGGAAGAAGCCCGUGGAGGCAGAGUUUGGAGAGAACAGAAAUAUUGUUUUCUGGGUUUCCAACAAAGUAGAAGGCAAGGAAGGGGCAAGACCAAGCGAGGUGUUUGACCCGAGGUUAUCAUGUUCAUUCAAGGAUGACAUGAUCAAAGUGUUGCGGGUGGCCAUUCGCUGCACCUACAAAGCCCCAACAAGUAGACCGACCAUGAAAGAGGUUGUUCGGCUUCUGAUUGAGGCAGAGCCACGCGGUUCCGAUUCUUGCAAGUUGUCGACCAAAGAUGUAUCAAAUGUCACCGUAGUAAAGAAACCAAGUGAGUUAUAA